AUGAUCCAGGUGCAGCAGAGCGGCAACCUGAGCGGCGCGCACAGCUCGGGCGCGCAGGCGGACGCGGGCGCGCUGAGCCGGGCGGCGCACACCGCGGCGGCCGUCGCUCUGGGCUGCAUCCUGGUGCUGGGCUUCGCCGGUAACUUCCUGGCCCUGCUGGUGUUCUCCCGCUUCCCCGGGCUGCGGACUCCGGUCAACCUGCUGCUCAUCAACAUCAGCGUCAGCGACAUGCUGGUGUGCGUCUUCGGCACGCCGCUCAGCUUCGCCGCCAGCGUGCGCGGCCGCUGGCUCACCGGGACGCACGGCUGCCGCUGGUACGGAUUCUCCAACGCGCUGUUCGGAAUGGUGUCUCUGGUGUCUCUGUCCCUGCUGUCCCUGGAGCGCUACUCCACGGUGCUGGGCGGCGGCCACUCGGACGGCUCCCGGCACUGCAGGGCCCGGCUGGCCGUGGCGGCGUCCUGGAUCUACUCGCUGGCCUGGACGCUGCCGCCGCUGCUGGGCUGGAGCAGCUACGGGCCGGAGGGCCCCGGCACCACCUGCUCCGUCCAGUGGCGGCAGCGCUCGGCCGCCGCUCGCUCCUACAUCGGCUGUCUCUUCGUCUUCUGCCUCCUCCUGCCGCUGCUCCUCAUGUUCUUCUGCUACGGGAGGAUCCUGCUGGCCGUGCGAGCCAUGGCCCGGCAGGUCGUCAGGAUCAACCGGUCGUCCAGCGAGUGGAGGGAAGGCCGUGUGCUCCUGAUGGUGGUCGCCAUGGUGACGGGCUACCUGCUGUGCUGGUUGCCGUACGGCGUGGUGGCCAUGCUGGCCUCCUUCGGGCGGCCGGGGAUGGUGCCGCCGGCCGCCAGUUUGAUCCCGUCGCUGCUGGCCAAGGCCAGCACCGUCCUCAACCCCGUCAUCUACGUGCUGCUCAACAACCAGUUUUCCAGGUGUUUCCUCUACAUGAUCAGGUGCAGCUCAGAGGCUCCGCCCACCCCGGUCCACCUGAUGCUCCCCAGCAGCAGGGGCGUGUGGCUGCACGCCGGCGCCCCGCUCACAGAGGACCCGCACACGGCGGCGGCGGCGGCGGGCUCGAGGCCCGCUCUGGUGCUGGUGGCUCAGUUAGAAACACAGAGCGCCACAUGAAACAGUCUGGAGAACAAAACGUCUCCUUUCAUCUGUGACGGGAAACACUGACAGGAACACGAAGCUGCAUUUGGUUUCCUUUGAUCGGCGGCUCAGUUUAAUUACCGCCACGUUUCAUCGUCGGUUUUAAAAUUCAACUCUCUCAGGGUUUUAUUUAAAUGUGGACUUUCAUCUCCUCGCUCAUGAAGACUGAAGUGAUUUGUUUAUCUGUGAAUAACCAGCUGUUGUGUUGUCUUGGCACCACUAGAGGGCGUUGUGACACGUGUAGUGACAAACUGAGGACUGAAACAU